AUGUGCGGACUGCAAAGGAUAGUUCCGCUGGACGGAUAUCGCCAAUUUGGACGUGUUGUGAAUGACUUGACGCAGCAGCAGAUCUACGGCUGCAAACCUUUUGCCGGGACGUGGCCUACUUGGACAGAAGCGGCAGAGCGCCUGAUCUACAUCGCCCACAACAUGCUCCGGCUCGACUUCGGCUCCUUGCCCGGCUUCGGCGCCGCGACGGCGGUGUUCAACGCCUCCCGCGUGCAGGACAUGGUCCUCAUCGCUCCGCACGACACAGGUCAAUACGGCAUGGGGUGCCUGAAGGAGGGCAUCCCAGGAAACUUCACGACGCCCCCGCUGAACUGCUCUUCCUGGCCAGGACAAGCCUUGGGCACGCUGGACCACUUGGAUCACUUAAUCCUGCCGAACCUCUACAUGGCCUACAACACUUCGGCGCCUCUUCCCUUCAACAUGAGCGGCAAUCGCUCAGUGCGGGAUGCUGUCCAGACGCUCUUCCAGCGUUCGGCGCUGUCCAAGGCAGCGUACCAGGAUGUGCCGCCUUUGGAUUUCUGGUCUUCUUUCCAGUAUCUCGAGGCCAAUCUGCUUGGGAACCCCCCGCUCCCCGACUCGGUGAAGUACCUCAUUGGCAACUUCCAAGUUGUUUUCGGCACCCCCGAGGGUCGGGCGCUGCAGCGGCUUGCCGCAGACCGCUCCUGGCCUCUCUUCUGGGCAGUCGGAAGCUACGUACCUGCCCAGCCAGAGAAGAUGGUCAAGAUGACCAUGGCUUCCAACCGGCGCUUCGCAGACCCGGCGAACGCCGGCAACUUCACCGACGCCGCUCUGCCCGCCGGGGCUGUGGCCGCGUUCGAGGAGGUUUGGGCGAAGGUGGAGGAGGAGCGCUCCUCCCGGAACCUCACGGAGGCGGACGUGGCGGAAGCGUGGUCCCUGCUGGCCCCGCAGCAGGUGCGCGUGGCGCCACUGACCGCUGAGGCUUGUGGGGAUCACUGCGUUGCCUUGGAUGUGCGGGGGGCCUGCGUCUGUCGCAAGGUGGGCGAUGCCCCUCCCAUGCCUGAGCUUGCCCUGGUGAUCUAA